GGCCAGAAUGUAGUAAAUACAGUAGCCAGUCUUUAACACGCAUUUAAAGAGUUGAGUCAUCCUAGCCCAUCCUACAAUGGCAAGAUAAUUUCAAAGGGGACCUCAGCUGUCCACAGUUGCACCUGCUUUAAAAGUCAAGAAGAAUUUGUUUUUUGGGUCACUUCCCUGGUCACUUUAGCCUGGGGAUCAUUUCCAAGUAGUAUAGUUGCAGAUCUUGGAACGCCAUUCCUGUGUUCUGUGAAUUCAAGACAACAUGGGUUUUAUAACCCUUUGACUCUGCUCAGCAUCUCCCAGAUCAAGGUAAGGUAAUGUUGCCAAGAACCACUACUUACAGAAUGUUUGGGCUUUGGCUUUUGCUUUUCUUCCUUGCCCCAAAUCCACGUGUCCGUUCUGAGAAAAGAAGCUAACAACUUCUUCCAAUCUGUAAACAGGAGAAAUUCCAGAGUUCAACUGCAGCUAAGACCUUGGCCCCGAACUUGUCAACUUCUUCCCUGCCCUCCCACCUCCUCCUUUUGUACCAGCAAAAGAAGGUCUUCGGUUUCCUUUUUGGAGAGCCCCAGAGAGAAGCAUUUGAGCACCUAUUUAGCCAGAGAGACCACUGACAUCUGGGCAUGAGACUGGCAUCUAGACUUUGCCAGGGAGGCAGCUAUACUUCCCAAAAGAUCUGGGGUCUUUCUCACCGGCUUAUACCCUCUGCUGGCAUAGACCCUUUAUACUCCCCCCUCGGUGCUGAGGCAAACGAUCUUUGCCAGCAGGGAGGUCUGAAAGGCUUAACUUUGUACACUCUGAGGCAAAUUCUCCAGAAGUAAUGUUGCAUUUUCUCCCUGCCACCAGGCACAUUCCCUUCCCAAGGUCUAGAUCAGCAGGCGGCCCUCCCAGCGAAAGCUCUGUGUCCUAUGAUCCGAAACAAUAAAGCUGUGCUUGGGUACGUGAGAUUAUGUUUACGAUGAUGGUCAUCACUCCAGCCCUAGGAAGUUUGAGAAACUGAAAAAUAAGCUUAGCAGGCUGCCUAGGUUCUGCGGAAUCAGCAGGCCCCCGCUGUGACCAAUCAAGAGCGGCCGCGGGGAGAGAAAUUGACUCAUUCUUUUCAAUUUGCUGAUUGGCUUUGAGAAGUGGGCGGAGCUACUGUCUCUGUCCCGGCUUCCCAUUGGUGGAUGAAAGUUAAAGACGAAGGCGGACUCUCGGAAGCCAAGAAAGGUUUAAGAAGUCUUUCUGGAUAGAGAGCAGUGCCCAGGGAGGAAGCCUUUCGCCGGCAGAGCGGGGUCCGAGGACGAGCUGGAGAGGACAGAGGCGCGAUGGGCCUGCUGCAGGGCCUGCUCCGAGUCCGGAAGCUGCUGCUGGUCGUCUGCGUCCCGCUCCUGCUGCUGCCUCUGCCCGUCCUCCACCCCAGCAGCGAGGCCUCGUGUGCUUACGUGCUGAUCGUGACUGCUGUGUACUGGGUGUCGGAGGCAGUGCCUCUGGGAGCUGCAGCCCUGGUGCCGGCCUUCCUCUACCCGUUCUUCGGAGUUCUCCGGUCCAAUGAGGUGGCGGCGGAGUACUUCAAGAACACCACGCUGCUGCUGGUGGGGGUCAUCUGCGUGGCGGCUGCCGUGGAGAAGUGGAACCUGCAUAAGCGCAUUGCUCUGCGCAUGGUCUUGAUGGCCGGAGCCAAGCCGGGCAUGCUGCUGCUCUGCUUCAUGUGCUGUACCACGUUGCUGUCCAUGUGGCUGUCCAACACCUCCACCACCGCCAUGGUGAUGCCCAUCGUGGAGGCCGUGCUGCAGGAGCUGGUCAGUGCUGAGGACGAGCAGCUCGUGGCGGGCAACUCCAACACCGAAGAGGCCGAACCCAUCAGUCUGGAUGUAAAGAACAGCCAACCUUCUCUGGAACUCAUCUUUGUCAAUGAAGACAGGUCCAACGCAGACCUCACCACUCUGAUGCACAACGAGAACCUGAAUGGUGUGUCCUCGAUCACCAACCCCAUCAAAACUGCAAACCAACACCAGGGCAAGAAGCAACACCCAUCCCAGGAAAAGCCACAAGUCCUGACCCCCAGCCCCAGGAAGCAGAAGCUGAACAGAAAGUACAGGUCCCACCAUGACCAGAUGAUCUGCAAGUGCCUCUCCCUGAGCAUAUCCUACUCCGCUACCAUUGGCGGCCUGACCACCAUCAUCGGCACCUCCACCAGCCUCAUCUUCCUGGAACACUUCAACAACCAGUAUCCAGCCGCAGAGGUGGUGAACUUUGGCACCUGGUUCCUCUUCAGCUUCCCCAUAUCCCUCAUCAUGCUGGUGGUCAGCUGGUUCUGGAUGCACUGGCUGUUCCUGGGCUGCAAUUUUAAAGAGACCUGCUCUCUGAGCAAGAAUAAGAAGACCAAAAGGGAACAGUUGUCAGAGAAGAGGAUCCAAGAAGAAUAUGAAAAGCUGGGAGACAUUAGCUACCCGGAAAUGGUGACUGGAUUUUUCUUCAUCCUGAUGACCGUACUGUGGUUUACCCGGGAGCCUGGCUUUGUCCCUGGCUGGGAUUCUUUCUUUGAAAAGAAAGGCUACCGUACUGAUGCCACAGUCUCUGUCUUCCUUGGCUUCCUCCUCUUCCUCAUUCCAGCGAAGAAGCCCUGCUUUGGGAAAAAGAAUGAUGGAGAGAACCAGGAGCACUCACUGGGGACCGAGCCCAUCAUCACGUGGAAGGACUUCCAGAAGACCAUGCCCUGGGAGAUUGUCAUUCUGGUUGGGGGAGGCUAUGCUCUGGCUUCUGGUAGCAAGAGCUCUGGCCUCUCUACAUGGAUUGGGAACCAGAUGUUGUCCCUGAGCAGCCUCCCACCGUGGGCUGUCACCCUGCUGGCAUGCAUCCUCGUGUCCAUUGUCACUGAGUUUGUGAGCAACCCAGCAACCAUCACCAUCUUUCUGCCCAUCCUGUGCAGCCUGUCUGAAACGCUGCACAUUAACCCCCUCUACACCCUGAUCCCAGUCACCAUGUGCAUCUCCUUUGCAGUGAUGCUGCCUGUGGGCAAUCCCCCUAAUGCCAUCGUCUUCAGCUAUGGGCACUGCCAGAUCAAAGAUAUGGUGAAAGCUGGCCUGGGAGUCAACGUUAUUGGACUGGUGAUAGUAAUGGUGGCCAUCAACACCUGGGGAGUUAGCCUCUUCCACCUGGACACUUACCCAGCAUGGGCGAGGGUCAGCAACAUCACUGAUCAAGCCUAACGCCAAGUGUACAAACUGGCCCAACCACAGGAGCUGCCAGUAUCCAGCAGAAUCUGGACCACAGGCAAAGAAAACCACUAGGACCACCAGGAGCACACAACCCCAGACCCACGCUGGAGGGCAUCCCUCCAGAAGAUUCCGCCACCUCAAGUGAACUGCAGGAAUCCUCCAACAACCACAAACACAUGCUUCGCUGUUAGUGUCUUCUUCCUGCCCUCAGCACCACAGCUCAAGAAAACCUAAAGUUUCAAUACAAGCCAUAGGCUCACAGAAAAAGAAAAAGAAAAUAAAAAUUAAAUUAAAAAAAAAGAAGACAAAGAAAACCUAAAGUUGUAUCUAGUCUUUGUAAUCCAUUCAUUCUGAAGACAGGAAAAGAAAGCCUGUCUUAGUCACCCUUCAGAGGCUAAGCCUUGCAAACUCACUAGGUUUUAUGUUAUUCUUAAUACCUUCUUAGGAGUAGAAAGAUACCCAAGUCAUCCUACCAAGGCAGAGUGAAACCAGUGACAUCUUUUUUGUGGGAAACCUCACCCAGAACUCAAAACCUAAUGUCAGCUCCUUUCUCUCCCUCUUUUUUUUUUUGAAAUGGAGUCUCGUUCUGUUGCCCAGGCUGGAGUGCAGUGACACGAUCUCAGCUCACUGCAACCUCCACUCCCG